GAUGGUAACAGAUUGAUCUCGCUGAAACUAGUGAAGAAACGUAUUCAGAUUAAAUUCUGAAUUUCUUUCCACAACUUACAAUUCCAUUUUAUAAAAUUAACAUCACACGUGGUAAUUCGAAGUCGUGUAUUUGUAAACUUAUAAGCUUCAUCUAAGGCGGUCUGUGAAGGUCUAUAAAGUUUGUUUUAAUACAGAGAAACGCGUAUUAACAAGCGUCAUUUUACUUUCUGCAGUUAUUUAAGUUUUACUUCUUAUCAUCGAACAAUAUUUUUAUAAAUGUGGCUGUAUCUAGGAGUACUAAUACAUUUCUUGUGCUGGGAACAUUGUUCUUCUGACCGAUUCAUAUUAUCUGCAGUUACGUCAUUUGCGUCUCUGAAUAAAGUAUCGUCUAUAGCGGCGUUCGUAUGUCAACAGAAAGAUGCUGCUUUGUUCUACAAGACCUUAUCUGACGAAGGAAUUCCAAUGUCAGUAUUUUUACCGGGUCAAACUCUUUCUGAGUCUUUGUUACUGAAGACUGAAUGUUACCGGUUGGCAGUAAUUGUGGAUGUUGCAUGUGAUGGCAGUGUUCAGUUUAUGGCGGAGGCUUCCAAGAAAAAACAUUUCAGCAGUCUACAUCACUGGUUGCUGUUACCAAUAUCCGAAGAGCCUUCUGCACCAAAUAACAAUGCUUUAAGCAGUGAAUCACUGAUGAGAGCCCUGGAACCACUUGACCUGGUACUCGACAGUCAUGUGACUUUGGCAAUCCCGGAACCUGACCAGGUCCUCCUACAAGAUGUCUACAGACUUGUGAGUGGGCAGAAUCUUACCGUCACAUCGCCUCGUCACUGGAGUCCAGGACAAGUUUGGCCCACAGGACCUCGGAGAGAUAAUUAUGGUGGAGUGCAGAUCAAAACGGCGGUCAUUGUAGUAGGAGAUCCAUGGGAACACUUUUUCGACAUGCGUUACAAACAUUUGAAUACAUUAAGUAAAAAUAAUUACGCACUGAUGGCCUAUGUUUCAGAGAUGCUUAACUUCAGGAUGAACCUGACGAUGUCAGAGACAUGGGGUUUCCCAGUUAAUGAAACAAAUAAUUACACAGGUAUCGUAGGUCUUAUGCAGCGUGGUGAAGUGGAGAUAGGAGCUGCAGGAUUGCUGAUUAAGGAGACUCGUAUGGAUAUGGUAGACUACGCUGGUGAAAUAGUAACAUUCAGGGGCGCGUUUAUGUUUCUGAAACCGUCUUUAUCUGAGGUGUCCAUCAUCUACUAUCUGCCGUUUAGUAAAACAGUUUGGAUUACGUUUACACUUAUAGUAGUGAUUCUAACAGUUGGCCAAGAGUUGUCAAAUCGUUUACACAGAAAUGUAAAUAAGUCGGAGUCUAAUGAACCAACAGAGUGGAGCGAAGCCAUCUUGAACUCUAUCGGCAUUGUUUGUGAACAAGGUUUAUCAAGUCCACCAGAGAAUGUGUCGUCAAGAAUAGUUUUCUUGUGUCUUCUAAUGCUUUCUGUGUUCGUCCUGACGUCAUAUUCUGCAAUCAUCGUGUCACUGCUGCAGACAUCCAGUGAUUCAAUCGACACGCUCACUGAUCUGAUGGACAGUGCGUUCCAUCUGAGUAUGGAAGACAUUAGCUACAACACAAACUACGUCAACGACACAAUAGACCCUGUGAUACAAAGACUUUUCAAAGAGAAACUGUACGCACAGCCAUACAAACAAGCAUUCACAACGCAGAAAGUUGGAGUUGAAAAGAUACGUACAGGGCUUAAUGCCUUUCACGGAGACGCAGGAGCUUACAAGGUUAUGAGCGACACUUUUGAAGAAUAUGAUAAAUGCAGGCUUAAAGAAAUCAAAAUGUAUUCCACAGAUAAACUCGCUUUCCCUGUACGUAAAGGAUCUCCUUAUAGGGAACACAUCACUCAGCGGGCCAGAUGGUUGAGAGAGAUUGGCUUAGUAGGUCGAGAAUAUAAACGUUGGUUUUAUCAGAAGCCGAAAUGCGAUUCAAACAGUCAAGGUUUCGUGAGUGUUCGGAUUCUAGAUUUCUAUCCAGUGCUUUUCAUUCUCCUGUUCGGAAUAAUAUGUGCCAUUGGAAUCUUUGUGGCCGAAGUCCUAUACAACUCGGUGGGAGGUGUCAGAUGGUGGUCUCGGAUCCGCUGCAGUCUUCGGCAUGUUUCAGAGCAAAAAUAUUUGCUUCCUGAAUUGAAAAUGUUGCCUGUGAGUCUAAUACCAGGCAGUGUAACAAUGUUGUUCGUAUGUUGUGUGUCCGAAACGCGUGUUCCACAGAUUACACUAUCUCUCAUGGAGUCAUUCAUAGUGCAGAAUGAUGUUUCUUCAGCUGUUAUUGUCAAUUGCUGGAAUCUUCCAGACAAGGCAUCGGUGACCAAGAACUUGUCCCAGAAGAACAUUAUGGUGAAGUUCCAAGACCCUGGACGUGAUACAGACACUUCUCUACUUCUUAGGACUGACUACCAUCGCAUUGCAGUGAUUGUGGACCUGAAGUGUGAAAGGAGCUUUCUUUUUUUGUCAUAUGCUGGCAAAAACAAUUGUCUGAAACUUCAGCACCACUGGCUCAUGCUGGUAACGAGCGACCUGUCUUUAAAUGGUCUAAAAUCUAAACAGGAGCCACUUAUUACAGCUCUAGAGUCACUUCCUUUGGCAGUGGACAGUCAGGUGUUUUUAGCACAUCAAGGAUCUGAUCUGAGCCAUGUCCUACUACAAGAAGUAUACAGGAUUCGACCUGACCUGCCCCUUGUAUUUACUCCUCUUCUUGAAUGGUCAUCUGGUCAACUACUGCCUCCAAAACUGCGGAGAGACAACUAUGGUGGAAUUUCUAUAAAUGCUGCUACAGUGGUAAUUGAUGAUGUGUGGGAAAACUUCUUUGAUAUGCGCUAUAAACAUAUUAACUCUCUGGGAAAAUGCAACUAUAUGCUUAUGUUACUUGUGUCCCAAAUGUUAAAUUUUACGGUGAAUCUAACUUUAACAAAUACUUGGGGAUUUCCAAAAAAGGGAACCAGUUGUUAUGAUGGUGUGGUUGGUUUAUUACAAUGUGGUGACACAGAAAUUGGAGCCUUGGCCAUUCUCUAUAAGGAGAGUCGCAUGGAUAGAAUUGAUUAUGCUGGGGAGACAUUUGUGUUUGGACUUUCAUUUAAAUUCCUGAAACCAUCACUUUCUGAAGUAUCCAUUAUCUACACAUUGCCAUUCAGUAGAUCUGUAUGGGUCACGUAUACAAUAACAGGAGCAAUACUAUCAGUAGCCUUGUAUGCCACACAGAAGGUGGAAAGCUGGGUGAAUCCAUCACGAACAGGUCCUCCUCUCUUAUUUGGAGAUACUGCACUAAAUUCAUUAGCAAUUAUGUGUGCAGAAGGAUCACCACGUUCACCAGAGAAUCUUUCAUCGAGGAUUGUGUUCCUGUUUCUUCUCCUGUUGUCUCUGUUCCUUACUACAUCAUACUCAGCAAUUAUUGUGUCACUGCUGCAGACUCCUAGCAACGCAAUUAACACACUCACUGAGCUAAUAAACAGUCCUUUCAAACUAAGCAUGAAGGAUAUUGCUUACAACACAAAAUAUGUAAAUGACACAACAAAUCCAGAAAUAAGGAGAAUGUUCUAUCAGAAAUUGUACACUAGACCACAUUAUCAGGCAUUUACUACAGAGGAAAUUGGUGUUGAGAAUUUACGUAAAGGAUUGUAUGCUUUCUAUGCUGGUUCAGAAGCAUACAAGAUUAUGAGUGACACAUAUGAAGAAUAUGAAAAAUGCAGAUUAAAGGAAAUAUCAAUCAAUCCUUCGAAUGUUCUUGCAUUCCCUGUGAAAAAGGGAAGUCCGUACAGAGAACAUAUCACUCAGAAAGCCCGCUGGUUGAAAGAAGCAGGUAUGGUAGAUCGAGAAUAUAAACGCUGGUUCACCCAAAAGCCUAAAUGUGAUGCUAACAGCCAAGGAUUUGUAAGUGUGCGCAUUAAAGACUUCUACCCAACAUUGGUUGUAUUAUUAAUUGGUAUUAUCUGCUCUACAAUACUGUUCAUUCUGGAGUUUGUGUACCACAAAAUAAAAUAUGGCACAUACUGGCCAAGGGAUUCCACUACAAGUCAAGGUGAACUAGUAAAUGCUAGACAUGAGAAGCAUGGCAACUAGUCAUGAUUUCCCAUAUAAUGGCACAAUUAAUAUCUGAAAAAUUCAGACAGAUUAGGGAUGUAUCACUUCAUCUGUGGUUUGACAGACUGAAUGUGUUCAUCAAGCUUUUUCAGUCAGAUUCUGAAAACAGAACUCUUUGAUUAAAAGUUAGUCAGAAUUAUCAUUCUGAAAUGCAGCCAAAUUAGGCAUUGUACACAUAGGAUAAUGGUUCAGGCAUGUUCACUCUGCUGCCUCUUGAGUUUCUAUUUAUGACUGCUGACUUUUGAUGCUUUCUUGUGAACAGUACAACAUUGAUAGGGUGGACAGGUAAAGAACAUCAUCACAAAAUUUGAUAAAAAUGUGUCCAACUAUUCUGUAGUUAUGAGAUGAUACAGCAUGAAAAUCAUUUUGUUUAAAAACCUCAGAUGAAAACCAAAGUACUCAGAAAGAACAUAUCAUUAACUUGUCCACCAUUAGUUCCACAUAAAUUGCACUGGGGUUGAACUUGGGCCUGUGUGUUAAGAAGCCAAUAUCUAAUUGUUUGAGCUAUGGUAUACUCAUAUGGAACAUAUUAUAUACUGUAUAAUGUUAUACAUAUUACAUAUUUGUGUAAGGACUGCAUAUUUAUUUUGCUUUCAGUAUGUGUGUGAAGAGUUCUUCACAUUGCUAACUGUAACAUUAUAUAGCAGAUAAUGGAAUAAAAGAAAAUGUGUAAACAAUGGAAGAGCUAUAAAGGUUAGAGAAAAUA